UUUCCUUAUGGGGAUGGCUACUCCAUGUGUCUGUUGAAGAGUCUGACUAAUCAAGUCAAUUGGUGAAUUACUGAGGAAUAAAUUCCAGUCUUCAUAGUACUAUGGAGCAAAAAAACAUUUUCAUCACAAAAGCAGGAAUGAAGGCCACGUUAAAUGCCCGUACAUCUAUCCUGGCUGCAGCAAAUCCUGUUGGAGGAAGAUAUGAAAGAUCAAAAUCAUUAAAGCAUAAUGUCAAUCUAUCAGCGCCUAUUAUGUCACGAUUAGAUCUAUUUUUCAUUUUAGUUGAUGGAUGCAAUGAGGUAACAGAUUAUGCAAUAGUGCGAAGGAUAGUAGAUUUGCAUGCAAGGAUUGAACAAUCAAUAGAAGUUUAUUCAAUUGAAGAUAUUCAGUAUCAGUAUUUGCCGUUUGCUCGUCAGUUCCAACCAAAGGUGAUAACAAUAGAAGCAGAGGAAUUCAUUGUUGAGCAGUAUUGUCGACCUAGACAUCGUGAUGGCAGCGGAUUAGGAAAAUCAUCUUGGAGAAUUACAGUCAGACAAUUUGAGAGUUUGAUAAGAUUAUCUGAAAGUAUGGUGCGAAUGCACUGCUCUGAUGAAGUAAGUCAAUUUUAGUAAUCGGGAAUGUUUUGCCUAAUACUGUAUAUUCCAUGUUUAAAUCCAACUUUAGCAAGUAACUAAGAAUGCUUAUGUUAAGGUUUCCAGAUCUCUUGGGACAUCUCUAAUAAAUUGCAAAUUGCUGGGCUGCAAUGAAUGCAGGCUGCCU